UACCAUUAAAAUGAUAGCACUACCCUCGAACCAGCACUUAUAUAUAAAUAGAGGAUCGGUGCGAGUAACGUACAUUCAUCACCAUCACUACAGUCACAGAAAAAAAAAUGGCGAAUUUCCACAGUAUUCUCGUUCCUUUGUUCGUUUUCAUCACAAGCAGCAUUGCUGUUUCCGCCACCGUCUUCACUUUACAGAACAGCUGUCCCUACACCGUCUGGCCCGGAAUCCUCUCCGGCAACAGCAACACCCUCGGCGACGGCGGAUUCCCCUUGACUCCAGGCGCUUCCAAACAGCUUACCGCUCCUCCGGGAUGGUCAGGCCGGUUCUGGCCUCGCACCGGCUGCAACUUCGAUUCCUCCGGCAACGGCAACUGCGUCACAGGAGACUGCGGCGGCGUCCUCAAAUGCAUCGGCGGCGGAGUUCCUCCGACCACUCUGGCCGAGUUCACCGUCGGAACAGGCGUCUUUGGCAAGGACUUCUACGACGUGAGUCUCGUCGACGGUUACAACGUCGAGAUGGGGAUCAGACCUCAGGGAGGCUCCGGUGACUGCAAGUACGCCGGCUGCGUCGCCGACGUCAACGCCGUCUGCCCUAACGAGCUUCGGAUCGUGGAUCCGCGUUCCGGAACCGUCGCGGCGUGUAAGAGCGCUUGCGCGGCGUUUAAUUCGCCGGAGUUUUGCUGCACCGGUGCUCACGCGACGCCGCAGACUUGUUCUCCGACGCAUUACUCGGCCGUGUUUAAGAACGCUUGUCCCGGCGCUUAUAGUUACGCUUACGACGACGCGACUAGCACUUUCACUUGUGCCGGGGCUAACUACUUGAUCACUUUCUGUCCCACCCGGUCUUGAAAACCGGUUCUCCGGUUUAGAUCCCGGUUCUGGUUGCUGUUUCACGUUUCUUUUGUUUUGCUAUGUACGGAAAA